CUCAGGACUGCUCUGCUCUGGGUGACUUGCACCACCGACAGCGACGAGAAAAAAGGCGGAACGGGUCUCAUUCUCGACACGCCGCGGCGGCGACCCUCUGCUCUCGCUCUGACUCCAUUGACUCUCUUAAACAAUGCAUCGGUAUUCGAGGAAAAGAUAUAACUCGAGCUGAGCCUUAGCCCGACGCGGUCGAUAAGCCAUCUCCUUGCUUGUCACAUAAUAUGUCUUCAGAACAGGCUACUCUCCGCGUCGGUAUCGAUGUCGGCGGCACGAACGUCGACGGUGUCUUGCUCGACCCUCUCGCAGACGCCAACGCGGCGAAUAGGGGCAUUAUCGCCUGGCACAAGUCACCGACGACGACGAAUCCGAGCGAUGGAAUCCAGAAUGUCAUGACCGCCCUCCUCACCAAAGCCAACGUCGACCGCUCCCGCAUCGCCAGCGUCACCAUCGGCACAACCCACUUCAUCAACGCCGUAAUCGAGAAAGACCAAGCCCGCCUCGCCCCCGUCGCCGUAAUCCGCCUCUCCGGUCCCUUCUCGCACGACGUCCCCCCCGGCAUCGACUGGCCCCUCGACCUCCGCUCCAUCAUCUGCAAAUACUCCGCCUGCAUCGACGGCGGGCUCGAAGUCGACGGGACCAUCAUCCGCGAUGUCUCCGAGGCGCAGGUUGAAAAGGUUUGUAAGGAGAUUGCGGAGCUGGGGAUUAAGAGCGUGGUUGUGAAUGGGGUUUUCUCGCCUUCGGAUUUGGUGCAGAGGCAGGAAGAGAGAGCGGGCGAGUGGGUGAGGAAGUAUUUACCGGGGGCGGACGUCGUGCUCUCCAAACAAGUCGCAAACCUCGGCUUCAUCGAACGCGAAAACGCCUCAAUCCUCAACGCCUCCAUCCUCCCCUUCGCCCGUCUCACCAUCUCCUCCUUCCAACACGCCCUCCGCCUUCUCUCCCUCUCCUGUCCCGUCUUUCUCACCCAGAACGACGGGACGAUUUUGAAGGCGGAUAGGGCUGCGCUGUUGCCGAUUAGGACGUUUAGUAGUGGGCCGACGAAUUCGAUGUGUGGGGCGGCGUUUUUGGUUAAGGGGGGUGUGGGGGUGAAGGGGGGGAGGGAGGGAGAGGGGAAGGAGAAUAUUUUGGUCGUGGAUAUUGGAGGGACGACUUCGGAUUGCGGUAUGCUCCUCGCGAGUGGACUUCCCCGUCAAGCAGCAGCUAUAACCGAGAUCGGCGGCGUGCGCAUGAAUUUCUCGUGUCCUGACGUGAAGUCCAUCGGCCUCGGCGGCGGCUCCAUCGUCCGCAAACCCUCCCCUUCCUCUCCCUCCUCCUCCUCCUCUCCCCAUGCAAAGCUCACAAUAGGCCCCGACUCCGUCGGCCACCGCAUCCAACAAUCGGCACUCGUCUUCGGGGGUAACACAGCGACAGCGACGGAUUAUGCGGUGCGUGCGCAGGGGCUGAGACAUAUUGGGGAUCCGGGCCUUUUGGAUGCUAGUGGGGAGUUCGCCAGUACCAGCCCUGGGAGUGAGACUGGCACCAGCACUGGGAGUGAGACUGGCACCAGCACUGGGAGUGAGACUGGCACCAGCACUGGGAGUGAGAGCGGCGCGGGGAAGGAAGGAAAGGAAGGAAAGGACGGCGAAGGAUCAGUGAACGAGUUCAAGAAAGUGAUGAAAAAGAUGUUAGAAGGUCUCAUUGAUCGUAUGAAAACGAACGCGGAGGACGUCACGGUUUUGUUAGUUGGGGGUGGAGCGGUGCUCGUACCCGUCGACGACGGCGAUGAGGACAAUGACAAUGAUGCGAAGUUGAAGGGGGCGAGUAGGGUUGUGAGGCCGGAGUUUGCGGGGGUGGCUAAUGCGAUUGGGGCGGCCAUCGCCCGCGUAUCAGGAACAAUCGACACCAUGGUAUCCACCGCGGACAAAUCCAUGCAAACGAUCCUGGACGAGAUAUGUGCGUUAGCGGUGGAUAAGGCGGUCGAGAAUGGGGCGGUGAGGGAGAGCGUGAAGAUUGCGGAGAUGGAUUGCAUUCCGUUGCAGUAUGUAGCGAACAAGUCGCGGGUGAUCGUCAAAGCCAUCGGCGACUUUGACUUUUCCAAGCCCACCUCCUCUCUCCUUCCCCUUUCCUCCUCCUCCACCACUACCACCACCACCCCCACCACCCCCAUCACAUCCACCACCUCCUCCACCACCACCCCUUCACCCUCGUCCGCACCGACCCCCUCAAACGACGCCACCUCCUCAAACAACGUAAUGGACAAAAAACCUCUCGACCUCUCCUCCCUCGCCGCCGAAAAGAUCGCACUCGAUAUCCCGGCGUACAGGCCCGUCGUGAACGAGAAGCGGGAAUGGGUCGUUUCGGAGGUGGAUCUGGAGUGGAUUAGUGUGGGGUGUUAUAUUCUCGGGACUGACUAUGAACUACGACUGACGGAAGGCGGUGGUGGAACGCCAUACCCGCACUUCAUCCGUCUCCGCGAGAUGAUGCGCAAGGGCGCGGUCGUGCGCGUUAUUUCGCCGGAGGAUAUUAAGGACGAUGAUGUCGUGGCGUGUGGGGGUGGCAAGGGCAGUCCGACGGUUGGGAUUGAGAAGUUGCCUGCGAAUGAGAUGGUCGAAGCGCAGAAGUUGGUGUAUGAUAUGUUGGGGUAUAAACCCGAUUCGGUGAUCGCGCUGGAGAUUGGGGGCGGGAACGGCUUGCAGGGCAUGUUGCUCGGUGCAUCUAACAAUAUGAAUAUUCCGACCGUCGACGGUGACUGGAUGGGUCGCGCGUACCCCGUCUCGUGGCAGAUCACGCCCGUCGUACUCGGUGGCGACCAGGCUCACUUUGUGCCUACCGCCAUCGCCGACGGGAACGGAAACAAUAUGAUCAUGACCUCCGCCACCUCGGAAAAAAUGAUCGAACGCGCCUUCCGCGCCGCCCUCUCCGAAAUGGGCUCCCACGUCGCCUGCGCCAAAGGUCCCUGCUCAGGCGCCAACGCGAAAUCCUGGGUAGUCGAGAACACGAUCUCGCUCGCCUGGCGCGUCGGGCGCGCCGUCGCGCUGUGCAAGUCGCGCAACGAGCUCGACAACGUCGCGGACGUGAUCAUCGACGAGGUCGGCGGGAAGGAGAGCGCGAAGGUGUUGUUCAAGGGGAAGAUUGUCGGCGUGGAGAGGAAGGUCGUCAAGGGACAUGUGUAUGGCGAGGUCGUCAUCGCCGCGAUCGAGAGCGACGACGAGGGCAGUGGGAGUGCAAGUGGGAGCGGACAGAGGUUCAGCGGGACGGUGAAGGUGCCGUUCAAGAACGAGAAUAUCCUAGCGGCGCAUGUGGACGCGUCUGGGAAGGAGACGCUCCUCGCGUGCGUGCCCGAUCUGAUCUGCGUACUCGACACGAACUCGGGAGAGGCGAUCGGCACGCCAGAAUACAGAUACGGCUUGCUGUGUACCGUGAUUGGCAUCACGGCGAGCGAGCGGUGGACGAGCACGGAGAGGGGGAUUGAGAUUGGGGGCCCGAAGGCGUUUGGGAUGGAUGAUGUGGAGUAUAAGCCGCUGGGGACGUUCAAGAGGCCGAGGAGCGUGAUUGAUGAGUUUGGGCCGAAGAGGGUAUAGGCCUUUAGCUUAGGGUUCGCAGGCGUGUUAGACUUGGGUAGACUUUUUGGGUUUGGGGUGUAACUUAUGGCAUUAUUUUUUUGUGUUAUUGUAUGGCUCAAUCAAAC